AUGGAGGAAGAAGACAAGGUAGCAGGGGCGGCAGGGCCAACAGGCAAUACGCCGCACCGCCACCGCCACCGACAGCAGGAGGAGGAGAAGCGCGAGGAGGAGGAGGACGCGGUGGAGCAAGCCCUGAGGCGCCCUGCCGGCGCCCCCGUGGCGCCUGCCCUUCUCUGCUGCCGCGGUCCCCUCGAGUACCUGCUGGCCGUGGCGCGCCUCCUCCCGCGACCGCCAACCCCAACUGCGCACUCGACGGCCGGCACGCCUUCCUCGGGCGGGGUGUCCUCCUGGCGCCGCCCGCCGCCCCACCAGCCCCAGCCUCAGCACCGCCAGCAGCCGCGGCAUCGGCAGCAGCAGCAGCAGCAGUCCGAGGAGCACGAGGAGCGGCGGAGGCGAGAGCGACAGCAGGCCGCCUUCUGCCAGGCCGCUCGCACCUGUCUCGCGCGCCUCCCCUCCGAGGGCGUGUGCCUGAGCGAAGCAGAGGAGCUGGUGGGCGUGCUGCGUGGCCUGGCCGCCGUGUCCGUGGUGGCGGCGGAGGCUCUGCACGCCCUGGGCCUCGUCCUCCUCGAGCGUGGCCCUGAUCUCUUCGACAAGGGGCUGGUCGAGGAGCUGGUGGGGUGGGCGCAGAAGGCGGAGGGAGGGCUGGAGGUGCAGCGGAUGGCGACCAACUGCCUGGCCAACGUGUGCGUGCGGGGCGGCAACCGCCUCCUCCGCCACUAUCCGCUCGUGUGGGCCACCCUCCGGCACAACUUCGGCGUAUUCCACGCGCGCCUCGUGGCCCCGCACCAGCACCCCUCCCCCGCCCUCUCCAAGGUAUCGAGCCCCGCCACCAGCUACCAGCCACCACCAGCCACCACCGACAUGGGCAGCAGCAGCCACACUCACGGCGGUGGUGUGCGGCGCCGGGGAUGGCAGGCGCUCUGCAGCACGAUGCGGGGGCUGCAGGUGGUGCUCACAGAGUGGCGACGGGCGGGGGAGCGAGAGGUGGGUCCGCUGCUGAUCUCCCUCUGGCCUCUCUCCCUCUACGGCACGCCCCGCUGGCCCGGCGGACUCACCGCCACCGCUACAGCCACCGGCGGCAGCAGCAGCACGACCCCGGCAUCUCCCGCCCUUCUCCCCCCUCGCCCCCGCCCGGAUGGGGCGCCGCCGCCUCCAUGCCCACCGGCACCACAACUACCGGCAGCCCCCCUCUACCACCAGCACCAGCACCAGCACCAGCACCAGCACCAGCACCAGCACCAGCACCAGCACCAGCACCAGCACCAGCACCAGCACCAGCACCAGCACCAGCACCAGCACCAGCACCAGCACCAGCACCAGCACCAGCACCAGCAGCAGUACCAGCCGUCGUCCGACUCGGAGGGCUCUGACGGGGAGCACGCUAACCCGGCCGGAUGGAAGGCCAUCGCUCGCCACUGUCCGCGCGUCUUCACCGCACACUCCAAGCCCUACCUCCCCGAUUCCGAUUCGACCCGGCGCACCUCCCUCGUGGGCGUGAUGCGGGAGGACGGAGCGCAUCGGGCCGCUGCCGACGAGCCCGGCGGGACGGCCAAGAGCUCGGCUCCCCUCCAGCGCUCCUACACGCCCCUCUCUCGCUCUCUCGCCGCCACCGUCCGCCGCAUCCACCUCGCCGUCUUUGCGUCGCUCGACGAGGAGGGCGAUGCCGGGUGUCUGGUGCAAGUGCUCAGGGCAGCCGCGCAGCUGGUCGAGAGCGAACUGCUGGGGCGGUUGGAUGGGCUGCUGCUGCUCCGGCGCGGCAGCGAGCCCGUACGGGCGGCGGCACUCGGUUGCGUGGGUGCCGUGCUGGGCGCCAUCGACGAGGCCACGGCCGCGCGCGAGCUCGUGCCUUUUCUCGCCUCGCUCGAUGCCUCUCCGCACGAGCAGCAGCAGCAGUGUGAAGAGCCGCGGCCCGAGGGGCGCGGGGUUGGCGCGGUGGGUGCGGGACUGGUGGGGGGCACCGUCGUGGAGAUCGCGCUUCGGGGCUCACUGCUCGAGCGCGCGGCGGCCCUCGACGUGCUGGGGCGGCUGGGGCGAGUGUUCCCGCUGGCCCGCCACCUGUGGCCGCACCCGCUCCUGCCCGUGUUUGUCGCCGCCCUGCGCAGCCCGGAAUCCUCCGCAGCCAAGAGCGGGAGCGACCACCACGCCUCAGAGUAUCAGGAGGGGGAGGGGGAGGAGGAGGAGGAGGAGGGGAAUGCGCGGGUGUGGCAGGACGUGCUGCCGGCCAGCCCGCUCCACGCCCUCUUUGCCGAUUCGAACCCGUCGAUCCGGGGCGCCGUGGCCUCGUGGCUGGCCAACAUGAGCCCCCGGGCCUUCGCCUCCCUGCCCAAGGGCACCCAGCUCGCUUGUCUGCCGCUUCUCCUGUGCGCCACCGCCGACUCGGCGGCCUCUGUGCGGGCCGCCUCGGUGCGCACGCUGGGCGUGUUUGCCCUCUUCCCGUCCCUCCUCCAGGACCUCUCCUGGAUCUGCGAUGCCGUGGAGGCUAUCCUGGCUGCUUUGCAGGAUCCCCAGCUCCCCGUGCGGACGCGCGCCUGCUGGUCGUUGGCCAACUUCUGUCAGGUGCUGGUAUCGCAACAGCAGCUGGCGGCGGGGGAGGAGGGCGCGGGGGCGGCGGCGGAGGAUCUCGAAGGCGAGAGCGAUCCGCUGGGGGACGCCACGAGGAGGGAGAUCGCGGGCAAGGCCAUCGAGGCGGUGGUAGCCGCCAGCGAGGACCACCACAAGGUGCGAGCCAACGCCGCUCGCGCCCUCGGGCACCUGGCGCCUCUCAUCGAGUUGCGGCGCCUCGUGGCGGCCCUCCUGCACUGCCUCCAAUCGAGCCUGCCCAAGGCCCGCUGGAACGCGUGCUACGCCCUCGCCAGCGCCCUGAAUUCGGCGAAUGCGCAACCCCGUCAGCCGGCAUGCCCCGCCUCGACCCUGGCCCCCAUGUGGCACGCCCUGGCCGCCCUCCUCCACGACGCCGCCCACUUCAAAGUCCGCAUCGCGUACGGGCGAGGGGCCUACGGUACCACCUAUCUCGACCUAUGCGAGGCCUUGCUCCGCGCCAUUCUGACCUUCGACGAGGCGUCGGGAGAGAGCAAGCUCGACUUCCGCUACCGCAGCACGCUCCAAAGCCGGCUCGUCGACACCCUCACGCACCUGCUCCUGCUCUGCGACGCCUCGCACGACGUCGGCCCGCUCCAGCGACUGCUCCACGGGCACGCGGAAGCCCUCCUCGACUUCGCCGUCCAGACUCGGCAGACCAUCUCGCGCGACUCGCCGGAGACUACCGAGCUGCCGCAGGAGAGUGCGGCCUCCCGCCUGCGCGCCGCUUUGGCCGACCUGACCGGGAUCGUCGCAAGCUUGCCGUCGUCCUGCUAG